GAGAAACCAUGGUACCUGGAAGUUGUCUUUGUCCGGCCAGGGCUGCCCUUCCGGUUCCGUUGGGUCCCCCUUUGGCUCGGGUUCCCUGCCCCUCCCCCUUCCCGGAGCCCCGAGGGGCCGGAGCUCCUAGCGGUGUGGGAUCCGGACGGCGGCCUUCCCCCGGGUCUGCCAAAAUGUCUGAAAGAUCAGAUAUCCUUCACUUCAAGUUUGAAAAUUAUGGAGAUUCAAUGUUACAAAAAAUGAACAAAUUAAGAGAAGAGAAUAAAUUUUGUGAUGUUACAGUUCUCAUAGAUGAUAUUGAGGUACAGGGGCAUAAAAUUGUGUUUGCUGCAGGUUCCCCCUUCUUAAGAGACCAGUUUUUACUGAAUGAUUCCAGAGAGGUGAAAAUCUCCAUAUUGCAGAGUUCUGAAGUGGGGAGACAAUUGCUCUUAUCGUGUUAUAGUGGUGUGCUGGAAUUCCCCGAGAUGGAACUGGUUAAUUACUUGACUGCUGCGAGUUUUCUUCAGAUGAGCCACAUUGUAGAACGGUGCACACAGGCCCUGUGGAAGUUUAUAAAGCCAAAACAACCAAUGGAUAGUAAAGAGGGAUGUGAACCACAGAGUGCUUCUCCCCAGUCCAAAGAACAGCAGGGCGAUGCCAGAGGCUCCCCAAAGCAGGACUCACCUUGUAUUCAUCCAUCUGAAGACAGUAUGGAUAUGGAGGACAGUGAUAUUCAGAUUGUUAAGGUAGAAUCUAUUGGGGAUGUAUCAGAGGUUAGAAGUAAAAAAGAUCAGAACCAGUUUAUUUCUUCUGAACCCACUGCUUUACAUUCAUCAGAGCCCCAGCACUCCCUGAUAAAUUCAACUGUGGAAAACAGAGUAAGUGAAAUAGAACAAAACCAUCUCCACAAUUAUGCCCUCUCUUAUACAGGCAGUGAUAACAUCAUCAUGGCCUCAAAAGAUGUCUUUGGGCCUAGUAUUCGAGGUGUAGACAAAGGUCUACAGUGGCAUCACCAAUGCCCAAAGUGUACCAGGGUGUUUCGUCACCUGGAGAACUACGCCAACCAUUUAAAAAUGCACAAACUCUUUAUGUGUCUACUCUGCGGCAAGACUUUUACUCAGAAAGGCAACCUUCAUCGACAUAUGCGUGUGCAUGCCGGAAUUAAACCUUUCCAGUGUAAAAUCUGUGGGAAAACCUUUUCUCAGAAGUGUUCCUUACAGGAUCAUCUUAACCUUCACAGUGGAGAUAAGCCCCAUAAGUGUAACUAUUGUGAUAUGGUGUUUGCACAUAAACCAGUUUUGAGGAAACACCUUAAACAGCUGCAUGGCAAAAACAGCUUUGAUAAUGCCAAUGAGAGGAAUGUACAAGACCUCACAGUGGAUUUUGAUUCUUUUGCAUGUACAACUGUCACAGACUCUAAAGGGUGUCAGCCACAACCUGAUGCAACACAGGUCCUGGAUGCAGGUAAACUGGCCCAAGCUGUCUUGAACUUAAGGAAUGAUAGUACUUGUGUGAAUUGAAUAGGGGCUUCAUGCUCACAACUUGAACUGACUGAGAGUGUGGCAAUAGUCUCAGUCUUUGUAGGAGUGAAUUUGCUAGUUUGACUUCCCAAAGCCUCUGUGCAGGUGGUAGGGGAUGAGUCAAAGCACUAGGAGACCAGGCAACUUACCAUUUGGAGUGGUUUUGCCUUCUUUUUGGCCUCUUCCAUUUUCUGUUUUGAAUUAUUUAUCCUAUGAUGUCUGUUUUCCUUUCCCAAGGAAUAAUUCCAUUUGUCUACCUAAUACCAACUUAUGUCUUAGACCGACACUAUUUUAGGCCAUUCAGUAGGCACACUUUGAAGGUACCAACAAGUUAAUAACUUCACCUACUCUCCACUAUGCUGAGAAAAAUGAAUAAUAUUUUUCUUUGGUAGAAAAUAGACUGAGAUAUAAGGUGAUGUUGCUGUCGACCUAAAAAUGUGAUAGAACUUCUGGUUGCCUAUUGAUAAUUCCUCUGUGUCUGAUAAAUUAUUUAAUCUGCUUCUUACCAUUUGUACUUGUCUUGAAGCUGGCUAUAAAUAAGUAUGUUGGUUUGUUCUGUACUCUGUUCACCAGUAUCCUAGCCCAACUUCAUUUUCACUGAGUUUUUCACAUAGACCAGAGUACAUCUUUUAAGCAACACCUGCAGGCAAAUGGUGAGGAAGCAUCAUGAGGAGCAUAAUCUGCAAAGGAUAGAAGUACAAUUAUGCAAUAGCACUUGUUUGGGAAAGUUCCCUUGUAUCCUACGAAGAGGCCAGAUGCUUAUAUUUAACGUUUAACUUCUUGGUCCUUUUGAAAUCAAGAUUACUCCAGGCCCACUUAAGAUAUGCUAAAACAUUGUAGUCUCUAAAAAGAGACUAUUUGGCAGUCUAUGAAUUUUGUUUGAGAUUUGAGCUCUCAGAAAGGUGAGUUUGGCCAUCAGUUUUAUUCAGCACAUUAUAAGAGUCUCUGAGUUUUCAUUUCCUCAUGUAUCUUAAUUUCUGAAAUGGGAUGGAAAAAUGAAGUGGGACACAGGAGGGGCAAUGAGAAUUUUGCAAUCAGAUAUUCCUUUUAAAGGUACACUGUCCCCACCUUGCCACCUUUGACAGAUUGCUAAUACAGAAUUGAUUUUUCAAUAUAGGUAAACAAAACUUUUUCCUCAAGCACAUGUUAUACUUUAGACGUAAAAUUUUGAGUCUUAUUUCUUUCUGACCCAUGAGUUAGAUUUAGAUAAUAGUAUUAGAGUCCUUAGAGAGUCUUAAGAGAAUAUUUAUUCUGCUGUUUAAGUUGGGGUAUCCAAAAUCCAAAGAGGUGGCCUGGCCAAGACUGGCCAAAGGUAGUGGCUAAAUAUGAGCUAAUUUCUUCUUCUUCCCCUACCCCUUGAUUUGAAAAGAUUUAUAAGUACAUGAUAAAGAAUAACACAUUAGCAAAAAGUUCCCAAUCUGUAUUUUGCCUUUGUUUUCCUGUUGGCUUUCUGAGAUAGCGUGGAUUGUGCCAACGAAAUAUCACAUAUGGAUUUAUGUUAGUUAAUUAAUUUUUAGUUAGAUGAGUAUUACAUUAUUCCCAAGCAAGUGACUGAAUUGCUAGGUGUUGGUUAGGGAGGGAAAGCAUAAGUAAGAAUAAUGUGAGAAAGAACCAAGUGUGAAAUAGAUUUUGUGUGGAAAACAGUGUUUAUUAGUUACCAUCAGGAUUUUCUAUUUUUAUUUUGAGCUAUGAGAGUGCUUGUACAGAUAAUCCAAAAAUUAGGCUUAACUUGUAUAGUUGGGGGAAUUUUUAAAUUGUUGUAAUUUGAUACAUUUACAUGUAUCAUCAUCCUUAUUCCUAACAUGUUGCUCAUUGUAUGGUCUAUUGAUGCUUUUAGCAUUGUGAUCUUUGUAUGAUCCAGCCAAAGAGUACCAAUUCUAUGCAACAGUGAAACUCUCUACCCUGUCAACCAACCAAUGUUUUUGGUAUUUUCUCUGAACAUCAUUUUUUCACAGGAAAAUUUCAAGUUGGAUUGCUUCUUUUGCUCAUAUUCAUGUUCUGUUUUUAUUACUGGUUUGAAGACUAAAAGGCAUGGAUUCAAAUAAGAUUGGUCUCUUUGGUUGGAGACUGUUUCUGGGUUCAUUCAGUUAUUCAAGGAACAUUAUUAAGGACCUACUGUUGCCAGACACUAUACUAGAUACUGAGGAUAUAAAGGUAAGAGUGAUACAGUCCUGCUCUCAUGGAGUUUAUAGUGUCAUGUGGUCUAAGUAAAACAAGGUCUCAAUUGUUUCUGUGCUAGGAAUAAUAAAGAAAAUUACCUUGCUUUCUUUGAUCACUCAAAGUCAGCAUCUUCGUGGGUUUAUAUCAGUAAAACUUUUAGCUCUCGUCUUUUGCAAAUGCAAACCACUAGUGAUUUACAGUCUCCUCCAUUUCUUGGCUGGAGAAGUGUCUGUUUCUGUGAGACAUUUUCUAAUUUUGGUGAGACUUGACUUUUCUGCUUUACUUACACAUUUGUUAAGUUUAUAUUGCAAAGAAGUCAAGUUACUGAUACCAAUACAUUUUAGAGAGGAAGAUUUAUUUCAAAACUAGUCAUAUUCCUGUAGAGGAGGAAGAUUCUUAAAACCUUAUGCAUUCAGCAUUUGUAUUUUAUGGAUCCCCAGGAUAACUAAAAAGAAAAAAGGACUCUCUUUCCCAUGGUUUGGUUUUUGAAAAAAAUUACCGUUACAGUUAUUUAUUUAUUAUUUAAUUUUAAAGACAAACUCCAAACUAAAGUGGCUCAGAGAUAAAUCAGAUGUGAUUGUUUUAUUUUCUUUAUUCGAAGAUAUAUAAAUGGAAGGUGACAAGUGUCACUGCUUAACAUAUUGUUCCAAGCAAGCCAGAACAUUUUAUUUCAGCUCAUGAAUAGCUGUACUAAAUCUGUUGUAUGUUAGACAUACUACGAACUACCUCUUCACUUAUUACGGGGAAGUUUCCUUAAUAAAAGUAUGACAAUU